CUCCUAUUCCUUCCAUGCCGAGACUCUACCGGUUUGGACAAAACCGACACCAACCUGCGGAAAACGCAUUCACCAGGAUAACUCCUGACCGGAGCUUCACUUUACGCUGUCCCGCUGGAUCGUUGGCCAGAGCAGCCAAGGCUCUCAAGGCGGAAAGCGCGAGCGUGCGAUGCGACGUAACUGCUGAUUCGCCUGAAAAUCUUCCAGACGCGGAAAGCGCGAACGUGCGAUUCGAUCCGCGCUUCGAUGGCAAGCCAGUACUAGCGGCUGGGACGGAGGCUCGGUUGAGUGCAGAUGGAAGAGAGGAGGGAGAAAGUGAGGGAAGAGAGUCAGAGAAGGGCGAGAGUAGAGGGGGAAGAGAGGAGUUGGAUGGCAGAGGAGCGGGUACGAGACGAGAGACUGGAGCAAGGGAAGUGCAGGGAAAGGUUGAUGGAGGCGGGUGGAAGCGUGGAGAGAGGGGAGGAUGCAAGGAGACAGAGGAGGAGGAAAAGGCAGUGGCUGUGAUUGCUGGAGUGUUGAGAGAGAGAUUCGGGCCCCAGAUUGUGACAGAGGAGGAGCAUGAGGGGUCUACUAACGAAAGGAUUACGGAUGAGGAGAAAAAGGCCAAGGGACGACAAGAGGAGGAGGAGGAAUAUUGGGAUGAGGAAACAGAGGGCUCAGAAGUAGAUGAGGAAGAGGAUGGGGAAGGGAACGAGGGGGGAGACGCAGCAGCAGAAGCAAGUGAGGAGGUCGGAUUACCCACCACAUCUCCCCCCACACGUCCUCCUCCUCCACGCAACAGGCGGCGGGUCGUAUCUCCCUCCUCCCUCCUCUCCCUCUACCGCUUCUUCUCCUCCCACCUCGGUAUCUCCUCCCCUUCCACUGUCACUUCCCUCCUCGUCUCUUACCCUUCGCUCCUUCGGUCUGAUCCCACCAAUGACUUGCUGCCACGUGUCCAGCUUCUCCAGUCGUAUGGCUCCUUCACUCCCCCUGACAGCCCCUCUGUUGCCGUCCCGAUUCUCAGCCAGGCCCCCUCUCUCGUCCACCUCAGCUCUCAGACUCUUUUAUCUAAGCUCCAGUACUUAGAGGAAGUGGUGGGGAAGAAGGCAGCAGGGAGCGUGGUGCGCAGCUAUUCGUCGAUUCUUAUUCUAUCGGUAGAGAACCUGCAAGGCAAGGUGGCGUUGUUGGGCGAUCUGAUUGGGCAAGAGAACGCUGUGCUUGCUGUGGCUCGGUUUCCUAGGCUGCUGUCAUCUAGUUGUGAGAACCUUAAGAAAGGUUUCGAAGAACUCGUGCGAGAAGUGGAAGCGGCAAUGGAAGAGAGUGGAGGAGAGGAGAAUGGGAGUCAUAUGCCCCAGGAAGGUGCACGGAAGCUAGCAAUAGGAGGGAGUGGACGAGCAUACAAGAGCAUUGCUGGUGCCACGAUAGCUCAUGAGAUGGUGGUGAAUUUGCUUGGAUCGGCGAAUCAGGCCACGACAUCUGGUGCUGCUGAGCAAGGGCUAUGUGUUGGUGCCACAUGA